AUGAGGCCUCGGCCGGAAGGGCAGCAGGCGAGCUCAAGACGGGAACGAAAGGCCCCAAUGAUCGGCCCCUGGCAGCGCAGGGCGCGGGGGGAGACCGAGCGGGGACGGAGAGAGGAAGGCGGCGAGGGGGCUGCCCCCCAGGCGCGCCCCUUGAAGAGGCUGCUCUCCUCAGCUCCCUCGCCGGCCCGCUCCUCCCGCCCCCAGGCCGACGCCGCCCCCUCCGAAGCGCCCUUGCGGCCUGCGAGCAGCGGAGGAGCAGCGGCCCAGACUGAGGAGACGGCGGAGGCCGCGGAAGCGGAAAGGCGCGCGCGGGGGGUGUCCCUCCCUCAGCGCCUCGUCCUGCACUCGCCCCCCCCCCCCGCAAGAGCUGCGCCGGCCUCCCGCGCCCGAGAAGAAGAGGCGCGCGCGUCGGGCCCGCGAGGCGAAGGAAGGGCCGCCCCGGCAGGAGGCGAGGGGGGUCCGCGCUGCCCCCUCGGACCACCUCAGAGCCAGGGAAGCGGAGGUAAGUAAGAGGCGCGCCGGAAGCGUCGCCCUGGCCUUCUGGGAGGCGCCGCUCUGCCCCGUUCCUUGCUCCCCUGACAAAUGGCUGCCCAGUUUCCCCAUCAGCUCCUCUGGCAGCUGGGAUGUGGGAGCCCCGGGCUGAAGCUGCAGCUCUGCCUUAGAAUUCCUGCUCAGAUUUACAGAGCGUCCUGUGCACAAGAUGAUGCUCUAGGGAGGCCGAACCUGCAUUCCUAUUCCCUGGCUACUGUACUACUACUACUAUAUAAUAGUAAUAGUAGUAUUUGUAUAGUAGUAGUAGUACUACUACUACUCGGGACGCGGGUGGCACUGUGGGUUAAACCACAGAGCCUAGGGCUUGCCGAUCAGAAGGUCAGUGGUUCGAAUCCCCGCUACGGGGUGAGCUCCCGUUGCUCGGUCCCUGCUCCUGCCAACCUAGCAGUUCGAAAGCACGUCAAAGCGCAAGUAGAUAAAUAGGUACCGCUCCGGCGGGAAGGUAAACGGCGUUUCUGUGCGCUGCUCUGGUUCGCCAGAAGCGGCUUAGUCAUGCUGGCCACAUGAGCCGGAAGCUGUACCUGGCUCCCUCAGCCAGUUAAGUGAGAUGAGCGCCGCAACCCCAGAGUCGGCCAUGACUGAACCUAAUGGUCAGGGGUCCCUUUACCUUUACUACUACUACUACUACUAAGCACUUGUGACCUGCCAGCUUGGCCAGCUUGGGCCAGAGCCAGACGCUUUGCUAAAAGACUUACAGGAUAUUGGAGACUAGAAUUUGUGUCCGUACCAAUGGUCAGCUGUCUUAUUAUAAUUAGACUUAGAAGAGACUGUCAUACGGUUUGCAGAAGCAACUACCAUGCUGGAAGUAGUUAGUGAAAUUACUGACUGGGAAACUUGGGUAUUCCCUGAAAUUAUAGGCUCAUUCAGAACUGUAGGGAGCAGUAUUGCUCAGCCUUUGAAUGGUGUUUAAAUCUUAAACGUUUUGCUCAACAGCAUGAGAUAUGUAAAAUGUUUCUUAUUUGCUAACCAUGCCUGUCAGAGCAGUUUCCUACGAGCUUAUGUAUGUCAUGUUCCCAGUUCCUGCCAACCUAGCAGUUCAAAAGUACACCAGUGCAAGUAGAUAAAUAGGUACUGCUGCGACAGGAAGGUAAACGGCAUUUCCGUGCGCUUUGGUUUCCGUCACGGUGUCCCGUUGCACCAGAAGCAGUUUAGUCCUGCUGGCCACAUGACCCAGAAAUCUGUUUGUGGACAAACGCCAGCUCCCUCAGCCUGAAAGCGAGAUGAGCACUGCAAUCCCAUAGUCACCUUUGACCAGACUUAACCACCCAGGGGUCCUUUACUUUUUUUACCUUUUAAUGUUAAGACAACCUGUUGGCUCAUGCUCAGAACAGGAUAUGAUACCAGAAACAUGGAAAACUAAUCAUUUUUUCCUUAACAAUAAUUUAUUUUGAUUAAAGUGGCUACACUUUCACUGAACCACCAUUUUUUCUCAGGCUGUGUUUUGGCAACAUGCCACAUUUAUGUAAUGGAAAUAUUAGUAACCUAUCUCAUGGGGUUGCUAUAGCGGUCAAUGAUAUUCAGCAUUAUAGUAUGAGUUAUAGGCUUGAAUUCAGUGGCAAGGAAAGUGCCACUGCACACAUGACGGCCCUGGUGCAGGGCUUCUGCGGAUGGCAUUUGUUAGGUGGAUCCUGCCCACUGUGUUGUUCAGACACUUAGUUAAACUGAUAUAAGUGAAGCAGUGGAAAGCAAUACUAGUCUUUUUAUUUCUUUUCUUUUUUUUUGCAUUCCAGAAAGAUUAGAACCCUGA